CCGCAUAUUGCUAUCAUUGGCGCUGGUGCAGGGGGAUCUAGUGCCGCAUACAAGUUGUCUCAAGGAUUGCCAAGCUGCGCUCAACUGACAGUGUUCGAAGCAAAUGACCGUGUCGGAGGACGAUCAACCACAGUCAACAUUGGCGGCGCAGACGUUGAGCUUGGAGCUUCCAUCUUCGUCGAAGUCAACAAGAACCUCAUCUCCUUUGCCAAGCUAUUCAAUUUGACGCUUGAGGAGCCACGAAAGUUGCUGGACGCUGCGGACGAGUCGUCAAUAGGUAUCUUCGAUGGGCACGACUGGCGAUGGAAGGAGAAGAAUCCCUCAUCCUCAACAGCUAUAUUGAGAAUGCUUUGGAAGUAUGGUCUGUCUCCUAAAUGGGCGACGAGACAUGUAUCGACCGUCAUUGAAAAGUUCAUCGCAAUCUAUGAUGCUGGCCCAUUUGAACACAUCACGAAGCUGAUAGACAGACUUGAUUUGCUCGACGAAACACGUCAGACUGCUCAGCAGGGCUUCAAGUCAGCAGGUGUGUCCAAAAAGUUCCUGGACGAUUUUAUCCAAGCUGCUACGCGUGUCAACUAUGCACAGGACUUGCGUAUGCAUGGUGUCUUGGGAUGCGUCUCCUUUGUAACAGAAUCUCCUUCUUUUGCAGUCAAAGGAGGGAAUUGGAGAAUAUUUGAGGCCCUCAUCAAGCACUCAAAGGCCAGUCUGAGGUUACAAACACGCGUAUGCAGCAUCAGUCGGCAAAACACAUCUUGGGUCAUUGUCAGUCAAAUGGAGGGCAGUCAAAGCAAGUCGCAGUCGUUUGACUAUGUUCUCGUCGCCACACCACUGGCUUUAUCCAAUAUUUCUAUCAUACCUGCCGUCGCACCAGCUCUGCAGCCAGUCGAGUACGUGACACUGCACGUUACCCUCAUCACCACCUCGCAACGGCCUUCAACGAGACGCUUUGGCAAAGAGCCACCCAUGCAGAUUCUCACUACAACCGUUGAAGGCGAAUCAUUGAGCCUGUUGAGCUUCAGCGCAGUCAGCAAAACCAGUGAGGGCGAAUACAUCUAUAAGGUAUUCUCAUCUGAGACUGUGACCCAAGCGUACCUGACCGCCCUGUUCGAUCUACCAAUACCAGACCAUGACGUCUUUCGGCAUGUAUGGCAGUCGUACCCGAAGAGCGUGCCGACAGAAUUCUUUGACCAAGUUGAGGUGGCAGAGAAUUUGUUUUAUGCUAAUUCGUUCGAGCGUUGGAUCUCAACCAUGGAGACGGCUACGAUUGCAGGUAUGAACGCAGCUGCCCUGAUC